AUGUCUCUUGAGAGUACAGUUAAUGAAGAUGAUGAGAUUCAAUCAUUGCCUUCAUCAACGAAUUCCGAUGAUAAUUUAAGUGAAUUUCAUUGUUAUACUCAUCGUACAUGUAGUCGAUAUGCAUCAUGUAAUAGAAAAAAACAUCAACAUUCUCCAAUUGAUUCUAUGAAAUCGAAAAGUCUUUCAAAUAAUUCAAAACCAGUUAAAGGUGCUAUACGUUGUAUUGAUGAUGAUCCAGGACAUCGACAAAAGUACGAUGGACUGAAAUGGCGUCGUAUUUGUUGUAUACCUAAUUGUUUAGUCUAUUUAAACGGUGGUAUUUAUUUUGAAAAUUGGUUAUGUCGAAAACAUUAUUUACUCGCUGCAGAAAAUGAAAUAGCUGAGGAAUCGGAUAAUGCAACAAUACAAAGUGACAGACAGAUAAUAUCAAUAAACAACAAGCUUCGAAGAACAUCUGCUCGACGUUCUAAUAAAAAAAUCAAAUGUCAUCAACGUGGUGAUAUAAUGGUAGAUGCUAAUGGUAUUCGUCAAAAAUAUGAUGGUCAAUCUUGGCGUCCUAUUUGUAAUGUUAAUAAUUGUAAAUCGUUCAUUGUUGCACAUGGUUAUUGUCAUCGUCAUGAUGUAGAAAAUCGUCAGAAGAAAUCCGCAGUUGUAUCUUCAUUAGAUGACACUCCACAACAAAAUUCAAUACCUAAAACAAAAAUAACACGACCAAUUGUAUUAACUAAAAACAAACCAAAAAAAGGUGAAAUUCGACUUGUUCGACAACAAUGGAACGGUACAAAAUGGUAUUCAUUAUGUCAUUAUCAUACUCGAGAUUGCCAACGACGUUCAGCUGGAGUCAAAUCUGCUUAUCUUUGUGAAAAACAUUAUCAAGAAUAUAUAAAGCAACGAAAAAACCCAAACUUAAUUUAUAAUGAUGAUGAUAAUGAAAAUGAUAAUGAUCAAGUUUUAUUAUCACCAAUAAUAAAACGAAAAAGAACAACUCAUAAUGAUAGUAUUCUUUCAGCAAAUACCACUGGUGAAUCUAAUCCAACAAUAUCAUCUCAAUCAAUACCAACUAUUCAUGGAAGAAAACCAGUUGAACAAUAUAUACAAACAGAUGUAACAUAUCCAAUUGAUUCAAGUGAUUUACGACAAGGAUGUAUUUUAAUUCAAGAUGAUAAUGAUGAUCAAUAUCAAUGUGAUUCACCGCAGUAUAUGGUUUAUAUUAAGAAAGAAGAAGAAGAUUAUGCAACUAAUAAACGAAAGCUUGCAAUUGACAUCGACUCAAUACCGUUUAAUUGUAAAUUAGAAUUAACAAAACUUGAAGUUUAA